CUCGGGCAACAGGCAGCAAUCUACCCCUGGGCAGGGGUCUCGGGCAACAGGCAGCAACCUACCCCUGGGCAGGGGUCUUGGGCAACAGGUGGCAACCUACCACUGGGCAGAGGCCUCAGGCAGCAGGUGGCAAUCUACCACUGGGCAGGGGCCUCGGGCAACAGGCGGCAACCUACCCCUGGGCAGGGGUCUCGGGAACUCAACGGGACUCUAGCUGUGGAGUCUGGCCUCAGCGCAGCUCCCACCCAGCUUUCUAGGGACAUUGGUUCACGGGGACUCAACGGGUAGCGAUGGCUCAAGCACUCAGGGGCACCACAGGUAGCUAUACUCUGGGCAUGCCAUGGGGCGGUUCAAGUAAGGGUGGUCUGUGCGCACAACGGGGACAGUUCAGGACACCAGUGGUCGGUGCACACAUCGGGGACAGUUCAGAACACGGGUGGUUGGUGCACACAGCAGGCACAGUUCAGGACACAGGUGGUCAGUGCGCACAACAGGGACAGUACAGGACACGGGUGGUCGGUGCACACAGUGGGGACAGUUCAGAACACGGGUGGUCGGUGCACACAGCGGGGACAGUUCAGAACACGGGUGGUCGGUGCACACUGCAGGCACAGUUCAGGACACAGGUGGUCAGUGCGCACAACAGGGAGAGUUCAGGA